CGCACUUGCUCAUAGGGUGCCUGAAAAAAUAUAAUAGAUACACGGGUGCUAUGCUAUGCGCAGUUCUCUCUUUCUCGCUCUCUCUUCCUUUUCUUUCUCUCUUUUUUUUUAUCUUAUUGCGUACCUCAAAAUCCCGCUUAAUCACACUUCUCUUUGUUAUUUACGUCACAUAUAUAAAUAUACUACUUUAUUCUCAUUUCUCGUUAAACCCCAUUCGACAUUUGCACUUGAUCUGCCAAACUAGAUCCUACCUUUUUUUUCAAACGCUCUCCACUGACAUUGCCACACUUCAAAAUGAUGCACUCUCAUUCUCCUUCGCCUUCGCGAUUUCCUUUUACGUCCAGCUCCAACAACUCCAAGGCAGAGAGUAUAGUCAAGAAUUUCUAUAUCAAAGCCGCACAGAUCAUUAUUCAAUCACGUCAGCAACCCCAACAAGUCAGUGAAGAUGCUGACGGAAAGAAGCGUACUAAUCGAUGGUUUAACAUGGAUACUCGAGAAUACCCAGACUCCCUGCGGUCAGAGCUAAAAUUCUGGAUAACCAAGGCAUUUCUGUCUCCCAUUACUCAGCCGCCGCCACUUGUCAUUGAGGUUUACCUGGACGUCUCGAACGUUCCUCCAGGAAGGGAGGUUGCGUUACAGAGCGGGUGGCGGCUGGUGGAUUUAAAUGCCCCUGUUAAAAAAGAUCGCAUUGUACUCGAGCACUGGACAUUGGCUUUAAAUCACCCACUUCCCACGGAGGCUAUAGACCUUGGCAGCGUGUACAAAAGAUCCAUUCUCUUUUUUAGGACUUUGUACGCCUUCGUUCGGCUGCUACCUGCAUAUGCAGCAUACCAGCGCAUCAUGGCAGACACGGAUGAUCGCCAUUCUCUCGACAUUGGAUACAGGCUCACAAACAUUGCUAACUCAAAAGGCGACGAGAUUGGACUAGGUAUACUUAUGCAGAAACCGCCACAUUGCUCACAGCAAUCAAUUAUGGGAUAAUGCAUCAUCAUGCUAAGUGACCACGCGUACGCGAAUUUUAGAUGAAGGACCAGAUGCGAGCACCGCUACAAAAAGUUUGGACAGCAUAGUGACACCGUUAGGCACAUUGGGACUCCAAGUACGAUACCGCACAAACUGUAAUUUUGUUAUCCACGACCCUCUUGCUAUUGACGCAGAAGCCACAUAUGACUCGACUUCACAGCUGAUAAAUCUGGAUCAUCAUUAUUUCAAACCAACAAUUG